CUGAGUCACAGGGAUCCUCCGUUGUCAUUUCCCAAGAAGCCACGACAGCGCUUGAGCCCGUAGCCUCCGUACUCGAGCCUCUCCUGCGUUCACCAUGGCGUCCAUGUGGUCGUCCUUCACCUACGUGUUGCUGCCGCCCGCGGUGGUUCUGUACGUGCGACUCGCGUCUAAAUCCGUUGUGUCGUUACCAAAAUAUUAAUAUGCUCUUUAACUGUAUGACAGUCUUCUCUUGAUGACCAUCCCGUUCCCGGGACUCAUGCUUAACCGCGGCAUCGUCAAGUUCGGCGACUUCGUAUUCAACAUCCGUAUCGGCACACUCAGCGUCUUCUCCGUCAUCACGUUCAUAUCUUUUGUGGUGCUCGUGGCGCAGACCUACGACCUGCAGAAGCGCUACUCACUGCCCAGUGACCCGCAUCUUGAAGUGCACUACUCAGCGGAUCUGCAGAAGAAGGCGUCGCGCUGGCGGUCUGAGCGCAACUGGUGGAUCAGUGCCCUUACUUUCACCAUCUACUGGAUGCUGCUGCGUUUCCACGCCAUGAAGAAGAAACUGCUCAAGGCACAGCACGAAGACUAGGCUAGUGUACAUGUAGCUUCAGUACUUUGCGCAUUAUCGUUGGAUCUUUUCGAAAUACUCGCCUUGCUCAUAACGGCGGCAGGUUGAGAUGCUCUAAUGCAAUACUAGUUACGAUUUACCCCACUUUACGUAAACAUCGAUAAAGUUCAUACAGUUAGUACGAGA